CGAUUCAGAAGAGUUAUUGAUUUGGAAUUACUCUGCUGGCAAGGAUGGUCCAGCGUCGAAAGUUCAGGGUCAUCGCCGGCGAUUGCUACCCAUCAUCAAGCUAACUCUUUACAGACCAUAGCUUCCGUAAUCACAAAUCCAAACACCGUGCUCUAGACCCGGAGUUAAGCUCAGAUUGUUCAUAUCGCAGCAGUAUAGCAUCAUGAAGUCGCAAUUGGCAAGCAUGGAUGAAAUAAAUUGUAUAUUAAUGGCGUCGCUGCCACCAAGUAACAGCAUCGAUCUCAAAGACAGAACAUUGCACAAUACAGCUUUAUCACUCUGCAAAAACAACAGCCACCAACAUGGCCCUCAACCAAGAAUUAUCUGCUGUGUACAAUAACUUCCACAAUGGCGGUGCUCCUAAAGAGGUCUCCCAAGCUAUCCUCCAGUCAACCAAAGAGCUGCAAUCCGACUUUGCCAACCGCAAGAUCAUCCAAGUAGGAGAACAACUCCCUGCAUUCACGCUGUCAGAUGCAACUGGGAAGUCCGUCACAAGCGCGUCGCUCCUGGAAGCAGGUCCAGUUCUGAUAUCAUUUUACCGCGGCGACUGGUGUCCCUACUGCAACAUCGAACUGCGCGCACUCCAGAAGCGUCUCCCAGAAUUCAAGGCCAAAAACGUGACGCUGAUUGCUAUUACGGCCCAACUUCCCGACACGACACUCACUAUGGUGGAGAAGCACAAUCUUGAGUUUUCUGUCCUAUCCGACGUAGGCAGUGCAUUUGCGAGGCAGCUUGGUCUUGUCCAUAAGCAGCCAGAGGGCAUCCAGACGCUCCAUAAGCGCAUAGGGGUGGAUUAUAAGAAGGGUUAUGGUGAUGAGAGUUACGAGAUCCCGUUUCCGGCUACUAUUCUCGUGGAUGCAAAGGGCAUUGUAAGGAAUAUCUAUGUUGACGCUGAUAUUUCGAAGAGGCUUGAGCCAGAUACUGCUUUGGAGUGGGUGGAUGCUUUAUAG